GCCACUCGAAAAAAUCAUGCCCAUGCUGAUUUUGCUCAUGAAAACAUUUCGUGCUCGCCGUACGUGUGGUGCUGAUGUGGUGUGUUGCGCAUCGUGCUCACUGCGCUCACCUGUAUUACACUAGGUCGUUUUGGUAAACACUUAUACCGAGUGCAUUUUCUGCGUAGGUAUUCAAAACUUAAAAAGGCGACUGGGAACAUUUUGAAAACAUGUGGUUUUUUAAUCAAGUACCAAAUCAUUUUCCGAAAGGAACAGGAAAAUUUAUUCCUGGGGUCACCGAUGUCAUGCUUGAUUACGAGCGGAGUGGUAUAUUCAUGCGUUUCUACUAUCCGAGCAAUGCAAAAAUUCGAAUUCAGUCCGAUUAUUCGAAUUGGAUACCCGCAAUGCCCGACUACGACUACAUCGUCGGUUUGUCCAAUGUGGCGAUGAUGCCGCCUUUUUUAAUCAAUUUAGCAUGGCUUCGCUCAGGUGCUUUUACAUGUACUAUUCUGUAUGGGUUUGGUGCUCACUGUGGUAUUAUAAUUCCAGGAAAAAUCAAAAUUCCCGCAGAGUAUGGUGCAAAGCUGCUGGAAGGCGAUGAGCUGAUCAAAGUGAUUGUGUUUUCACAUGGACUGGGCGCAUUGCGCUCCUUUUACUCUUCGAUUGCAGCCGAACUAGCGUCUCGCGGCUACUUGGUUGCUGUGGUGGAGCAUCGAGAUGAAUCCGCUUGCCACACGUAUUACUAUGAGUCUACUGCAGCGGCCGCUGCCAAGAAGAAAACCAGCAUUCCUUUCAAGAAAGUGUCGUUGGGUCCCGGUCAUUUAGAAGCGCGCAAAAAGCAGGUAAUAUAUCGUAAGGAUGAGAUACUACAGACCGUGGACUUUUUUGUACGCUUGAACGCCGGUACUGUACCGCAUAAUGUCAUGGAUGACGUACCCAACGCGCAACGCUCGGAGUUUUCACUGGAGGAUCUCGUUGGUAGGAUUGAUGUGAAAAAUAUUUCGCUGGCUGGUCACUCGUUCGGUGCCGCAACAGCGCUGCUAGCCCUAUCGGAACGUCCAGAACUUAAAUGUGGCAUCUUAUUAGAUCCAUGGAUGUUUCCCAUAAAAGGCUUGCGAUUGGAUAAAAAAGUAAACCAGCCGCUGCUCUUUAUCAACACGGAGACGUUCCACAUCGACUCGAACGUUCGGGCUAUGAGUCAGUUCUGGCGUGAAGAUGAUUCCAAUCGCCAAAUGUUUACUAUUAACAAAUCCACACACGAGAAUCAAACCGACUCGGUUCUCAUUGCUGGUUACUGGCUGAAUUGGUUCAUGAAGAAAAUUGAUCCCAAGCUAGCUCUAAAAAUAAAUAACGCAUUGAUGUUGAAGCAUUUGAAUUUAUACACGGGUGGAGAAGAAGCAACAACUGACAUUGAAAAAUUCCUCAGCGAAAAUGAACAGCACUUUACGGCUGGAUUGACUUUGCCGUGGGCGUAGUCGCCCAUGCGACAGUUUGACAAUGUUUAUACAAUCAUGUAUGGUAUUAAGGCGCAACUUUUUUUUACGAUUGAGGGUGAUAUGGCAAAUAGGAUAUUUUUCUAUAAACGUUUUCUACAUUUAAA